AUGCCAAGUUCUUCAAUUCAAAGAGUACCGCCGAGCUCCCAAGAUCUUCCUCGGCGGUCCAGUCUGGUUCGACGCCGGGAUGAUGAUGACGACACUAUUCCUUCAAGCCCCAGCAAACGGCCUAGAGUCACUUGGGACUCUGAUGUAGAGGUCAGAACAGUGGGCGAAAAUGAGAAGGCUCCGGAACUCAUCCUGGAAGAAGUACGAAUCGCGUUUCGCGACAAGGCUUCCGGAGACUGGUCUAGGUACGAGAGACUCAAGGCUGUGUACAAUGAUACACAGGAUAACGACACACAACCGACACCUACAACUUUAAGAAACUAUACAAUUGCGCUUUUGGCGAAUGUCUCAUCACUGAACAAAACCACUACCGAUCUAGUACGAAAGGUCAUUAGCAGUGAAUGGCUUGGACGGGAGAGCGAAUAUGUGGUACUCUUCAUGAGACUACUCGGCAGCCUCAACACUGCUCAGCCUAUCUUUCUGGAAAGUUCACUCAAUAUGCUUGUGGAAAACCUGACAGCACAACCGGCCUGUAACAGGGAGUUGAUGAAUGAGCCCACAGUAUCGAAAGUGACGAUCUACGGCAGAGUACAUAAGACACUAGGAUACCUCAUGCAGCUUAUCCCGUCUGCUAGCAGUAUCAUACGUAGGAUCCUGAACAACCACUUUCCACAGUCCAACGAAUCGCGCCGAUUCAACAUUGUCUUCACGAACAAUAUCUUAGGCAUUCUGCGUUACGCUCCGGAACUGAGGAGUGACAUAUUAUCACUGAUCACAGACCGAGUCGUUAAAGUGGACGUUCAGGUGCAGAUUGACAUUGAGGAUCUAGAGGAAGAUGAAAUUAGUGACCACCUGGAGCAUGGGAUGUCCAGAGCGAAGCAUGAUUAUAUGGAAGAUCUCAACGAUGAAAGUGAUACUAGUGAUGACGACUCCGAGUCAGACGAAGAAGAAGAUCCUGAGGUCCUCAGGACACGUGACAUCACACAGAUGGUUGGAAAGCUGGAUGCAAUUCUUGACAUACUUUUUUCUUUUUACAACGCUGACUUCUCGUCCUCGAAAACAUCUAAUUCUGCGACCAAUACUAUCGACCAACUAUUGUCUCAAUUUCUGACUAUGAUAUUACCAACGCACCGUUCGCGGCAUACACAGUUCUUACUCUUCCAUUUCGUCCAACAAUCACCAACACAUAUUGACCAUUUUGUUGGCACUUGUGUAUCAACGGUCCUUGAUAGGAAGCAACCUCCCUUAUUGCGACAAAAUGCAGCAGCUUACUUAGCAAGCUUUGUGGCACGUGGCAUACACGUGCCAUCAAGCAUUGUUCGAGAAGUCUUCGAUUAUAUCAGCAGUGAGCUCAAUCGUCUCCGCAAAGAACACCUACCCAAAUGUCAGGGGCCAGACCUUCGCCGCUAUGCUUCCUACUAUUGCCUAGUGCAAGCGCUUAUGUAUAUGUUUUGUUUCCGCUGGCGGGACUUGGAGGUCAGAAACGAAGAAGUUGAGAAAGAGGACGAUCUUGAUGUAUCCUUUACUCGCGGCCACCAGUGGAAACCCGGGGUGAAAGAGGUAUUUUCGGCGAACAUUUUCUCGAAAUUGAACCCUCUCAAAGUUUGCUCACCGGCCAUCGUUAUUGAGUUCGCUCGAGUGGCCCAACAUCUCGGAGUUGUGUACGUCUAUCAUCUACUGGAAACGAACAAGCGGAUCAAGUCUCGAAAUGCGGUGGCUGUCGCUGGCUGUCAGCUAUACGGCCAGCUUGAACGGGACACAGCAUUGAGUAUCAGUCACAAUGAGGGUCAUCAGCAUCUUGACGCGUAUUUUCCCUUUGACCCAUACCAUUUACCAAGAAGCAAGAAAUGGAUAGAAGGCGACUACCGGUCAUGGAAGGGGCUUCCUGGGCUGGAGGAAGAGAAAGAUGACAGCGAUAGCGAAGACGAUGAGGAGUUACCAGAGGACGAUACAGCAUCUGACAGGACUUGA